AUGAAUUUAUUUGAUAGUAUUGAUCUUUACAAAACCCAGCAUAAUCAUGUCCUUGAAACUCCAAUGCUGUUAAAAAAGACUCGUAUAGGUGGGAUUUUUUCAUUAAUUUUUUUGAUUUUGGCUGUUAUGAUUAUUAUCCUCGUCUGAAUUAUUAAUCAUCAAUAAAUCGAUGUAUUAUAUAAUUAUGAAAAUUUAUUAAUAAGUAGUUUAUAUCCAUACUAAUUGAUUACUCAAUCAAUAAUGAAAUCGAGAUAAAAUCUUUAGUCCCUUUAGUUGUCAUGAAUCACGAAGUGUCUAAAUUUGUAACAUAAUAAUAAAAUGGCUUUGGAUGAAAAGGCAAUUAUAUAUAGCCCAGGAGAUUUUGAUAGCCCUGGACUAGGAUAAAGUUCAUUGACAAGUCAGUUCGGGAAGUUGACAAAUGCCUCCUAUAAGAAGUAAUUGUCAACUUCCCGAGUUGGUUUGUCAAAUUGAGUUGAAAACCCAACUCAGGAAGUUUCUGAGCCUUCUCCUAGCCUAGGGCAAUCAAAAAUCACUCCUGGGCAAUAUCCCUCACCCAACUUUUAUAUUAUAUGUGGUUAGGUUUUUGCACGUGGACUUCUACACAAGACGAGAAAAUGUCAAGGAAUUUUAUACUUCUCCCGCUCGUGUUUUACCUGUUUAUUCAUUCUGAUAUAAAAGGAAGGGCCCUUAGGUCGAGCAGACACUGAAAGAAGUAGGAUAGAAUAAGGCAAUGUGCAAGUUAUUAGCAUUUCCUGUACUUUUUGGUUCCCAAAUGGUUUCACGGGACUAAGAGGAGCGAGCCUGACUGUAAGACCCGGCAUGAUCUCGACAUAAGCAACAAAACAGAGAAAAAAGGCCACUUGCCCAUCCUGUACAAUUAGAGGCUAAUUUUUUUUUGUCUAAAUUUGUAACAGAUCUCAAAGUCUUAAUAAAAGCUAUAAGAUAUCCUUGUGUGGAUGAUUAUGGAAAUUGUGCUGACACUAUCAGUCUUUCCACCAAUAAAUUUGCAGGCAAUUGAGAUAAAAUGAUAUGUAUAAACAGCGAUUUAGGAUGCGAAUUAAGCCUAAACUGUCAUUCUUGUGAAAUAGGAACUGGAGCUUAA